AUGUCAUGCGCCGGAGCUGUCCUCUUUUUCCCCGGGUUACUCCUGCUCCUGCUCUCGGUGACAGGUGCAAAUGCCCAGGUGGAUUUCAACGGGACUUAUGUACCUGUCAAUAUGACACAGGAGGAGAAAGAUCUGUUCCUGGAUGUUCACAAUGAACUGCGGGCGAAAGUGGACCCGGAAGCCGCCAACAUGGUGUUCAUGAAGUGGGACGAGCCCCUAGCAGAGAUGGCCCAGGCUUGGUCCGCCGAGUGCGUGUGGGGCCACGGCCAGACCGAGCCCAACAUUACCCCCUUCAAACAAAUCGGCCAGAACCUCUACCGCAUCAGCGGCUACGGCAAUCGGCCUAGCGGGCGCGCAGUAAGCCAGGCCUGGUACAACGAGAUCAGCUGGUACACGCUGGAGACGAACGCCUGCCAGGAAGGCAAGGUCUGCGGCCAUUACACGCAGCUCGCAUGGGCAAACAGCCACUUUCUGGGAUGCGCCAUGUACUUCUGUGAGAAUGCCACUGGUGACGGCCGUGUACAAUACAACAACGUGUGGAUCGUCACCUGUAACUACGGCCCUGCCGGGAAUGUCAGAAGUUUGAAGCCGUACAAACCAGGUCCGAAUUGCACGAAAUGUGACUCGGGUGUAGGAGAGUGCUACAACAGCCAAUGCCGUAAGUGUUUUAGUAGUUAA